CGCCUACAGUGGUGGAAUCGAACGUCCCCGAGCGCACACAGCGUAGAGGAGAGUACGGCGCACGAGUCUUCGGAAGGGAGAUAACGGUUUGUGUUUUUAACCCCCUCUCCACUCAAACAACAAGAACAAACCAAACCUGAAAUUUUAAGGGGGGUUUACAGAGUCUUCUGUUCAAAAGGAGGAGGGAAGCGAGGGAUUGGAGACGCAGUUUUUUUUUCUUUUUCUUUUUCUCCCUUUCCUUUAAAGAGGAUUUUGUGAGUGCUUUUUUGCGGUGGUUUGUUCUUCGCUUCUCGCCGCAAAGAUGAUGGUCGGAGAGGUCGAAGUGAAGGAGCGACCGAGGCCGAGUCCCGACUAUUUGAUGCAGUUAUUAAACGAGAAGAAGCUCAUGACCAGUUUGCCAAAUCUCUGCGGCAUAUUCACACACCUGGAGAGGCUUCUCGACGAAGAGAUCAACAGAGUGCGUAAAGACAUGUACAGUGACACAGUGAAUGGCCUUGUGGACAGACACCCACUGGAGCUGCCCGAGCCUGUGGGACCCAUCGUCCACCUGCAGGAAAAACUCUUUGUGCCUGUCAAAGAAUACCCUGAUUAUAAUUUUGUGGGGAGAAUCCUUGGCCCUCGGGGUCUCACAGCCAAACAGCUGGAAGCAGAGACGGGAUGCAAAAUCAUGGUGCGAGGCAAGAGUUCCAUGAGAGACAAGAAGAAGGAGGAGCAAAACAGAGGGAAGCCAAACUGGGAACACCUAAAUGAAGACCUUCAUGUCCUGAUCACAGUGGAAGAUACACAGGGCAGAGCAGAGAUCAAGAUGAGAAGAGCGGUGGAAGAGGUCAAGAAGCUCCUCGUACCAGCUGCGGAGGGAGAAGACAAUUUGAAGAAGAUGCAGCUGAUGGAGCUUGCUAUUCUCAACGGGACAUACAGAGACAACAACAUCAAAACACCCACCUUUGCGUUCUCUCUUGCAGCUGCGGCAGCAGCCGCUCAGGGCCCCCGUCUCAUAGCGGCCCCCACAGGUCAGGUGUUGCCUCCCCAGGCACUCCGGCCCCCCACACCAGGUGGGGGCCCCAUCAUGAACCUCAUUCGACCCACUCAGAUGGCUGCCAUGCUGCCCAAUGGCACGCCCACGCUGGUGCCUCCCUCACCGGAUGGCGGGCUUAUCUACACCACCCCAUACGACUACCCUUAUGCCCUGGCACCCACCUCCCUGCUGGAGUACCCCAUCGAGCACAGUGGGGUUCUAGGUAAGAGAGCCUGGGGAAGCAUGGGUGCAGCAGGUACAACGUUCAACUUUAGCCAGCCUGGACACGAGGGCAGCUUGUUUUACCCCGGAGCUGGGGUUCUGGACGCGGCUUCCCUGAGCCAGAGUCAGGACUUUUUGAAAGGUGCAAUGGCUACUAAAGUGAGACGGCAUGACACGCGGGUCCAUCCUUACCAAAGGAUUGUGACCGCUGACAGAGCCGCCACCGGCAACUAACACAUGACCUUCUGACCUCUGAACUCUUCACCCAAUGACGAGCCGCCCCAAGCCUGCCUGCUGAUCAGUUAACUGGUAAUUGCCUUUUGCUAGCCUCUCGGACGCAAGUGACAGAGAGAGAGAGAGAGAGAGAGAGAGAGAGAGAGAGGCGCCUGCCCGUACAGUUACCCUAACACGUUCUGACAAAAAAAUAGAAAACAACGCAGAAUCUUCACUGAAACACAACAAAACCCAACAACGUUGUGUAAUAUUCAUUUUUUUUUUCACUCUGUUUAUUGAGUUCAAUUCCCAUUCUUUCUCUUUCUUUUUCUUCAUGAAUCAUAUAUUGGGUGGAUGCGCUUGUGGUAUUACUCACGAAUCUGCACUGAAUUAUAUAGCAAUAAAGACCCCGCCCACCCCGCCCGGCACACCCACUCUCCUUUAAGUGCUCUGAUUUGAAUGACCUCACUUGUAUGAAUCAAACUGCAACAUCUAUUUGACGCAAACCCUUCAGUUUGAGAGAAAUGGCAUUAUCCCCCUCAGAUGUGCUCCGGCCCUUUCUUUAAAAGAAAAAGCAAAAAAAAUAAAAUAAAAAAAUGAGCCCCUACCUGCUCCCACCCUGUUACACCACCCAUCUGCUGGGAGAGAAAAAGAAACAGAAGGAAAGAGAACACACACUCACAUUAACUUGUUUAAUUUCUGUCAUUUUUUUACAUGUAGUGCAGUUGUUGAGCUCUAAGAUGUAAUUAUGAGCUGACACAUUCUGGGUGUGCACCUCCAAACAGCUUUCUGUCUGUUCAAGAAAAAGGACAAAAAAAAAAGCAUGGCUAAAAUGAUGGCAAAAGGAGCUUUUUAUGAUUUGUGUGUUGUUGUGUUUUUUUUCCCCCUCUGUCUUUUUGUUCAUUUUGCUUUAACUUUUUGAGUCAUUUCCUCCACCUGAUUUUUUUUUUGUUGGUUUGUUCUCUGUUCAUAUUUUUUGACUAAUUAGCUUUGCUUGCAUUGACGAGCCCGUGCAAGGCAGGCGGUUCACGUUUGGGAAAGGAAAAUGCAAUCUGAUGUGUGACGCAGGCUGAGAAACACAGACGUGACGAAGGGCAAAAUGGGAAGGUCAAAAUUGGGCUGAUGGGUUUGUGUGCGUGUGUGUCUGUGUGCGCGCGUGUGUGUGUGUGUGUGUGUGUUCUUUUUUUUUAUUUUUAAAUACUACAAUGAAAGUAGAGUGUGUCGAGGCUUUGGGGGUGAUUGGAUCAGUGCUCGUUAGCCACUGUCCACGGCUACACCCCCAUCCACACUACAUUCAUUUUACAGUGCCUGAUGUAUUUAGAAAAUAUCUCGAUGAGUUAGCUGAGCUGUGAUCAAAAAAAAGACAAAAAACAAAAACAAACAAACAAAAAGUAUUAAGUGUGCAUAUUUAGCCAAAGGUUUUUUCCAAUGAAUUAUAUAUCUGCAAUUAUGCAUUUAGUCCAACCAGGACUCUCUCUGUGAUUUUAGAGUCAAGGGUGUGAAUUUGUGGUGCCUGCCUUCAGCUGGAACAGACAGCCCCGGUCAUUAAGAUGAUUUUUGACCCAUUUAUGCUCCACAUUUUUCUGAGUAGGUGAACACAAUUGCGGCAAGUAACACUAAAUCGACAGGCUAGUCAAUGACAGGACAAUGCUUCGAGGGAAGGGCACUUAGAGUUUGCCACACGGAAGCUUUUGUAGGUGUAUCCACGUGGAGUCGUUCCAUCGGGCGCGCCGCCAAAUGGGGUGAUGAGUUGUUUUAUUUUUGUUGUGGUUCAUUUGAUUUUUUUUUUUUUUUUUUAACACCACUUAAACAUUUUCUAGUAGGUGGCCAUAAUCUGAGCCCUCCUGCAACUAAUCCAUUCAUUCUGUUUUUAGUGAUGAAACAUUUGUUUUCACCACAUUUGCCAAACCAUCCAAGAGCGCAUCCACAAUGUGUCACACCUCCCCGUGAUCGUCGUCUACAAACCUGUGCCCGACUAUUUUUCUUUUUUUGUUCAACUCUCUCAAGAAAAAAAAAAAAAAAAAUAGGAUGUGAAAGCCAUGCCUGCCUGUUCAAAUUGCUUUAUACAUACGUCUUAUAUAUAUAUAUACAUAUAUAUGUAUAUGUAUAUAUAUAAAUACAUAUAAAUAUAUAAAAAUGUAGAUAUCUGUCGAUGCUUAUACGAAUACAGACGAGAACAAAAAAUAGAUCAUUUUACAGGGUGCUGGAGUAGAGAAAAAAAUAAUGAGAAAUCUAUUUUUGGCAAUUUUAGCUUUUGAUACUUGCAUUUACAAAAUCAGAAGAAUAAAAAAAAGAAAAAAAAAAGGUUUAAAACAGUAUAUGGAGUGGGGGGGGGAAAGGUGAGUGGGCGAGGGGGCAAAGUGCUGUGUUACCUUGGAUAUGAUCGCAAAGGAAGACGCAGACCAAAACAGUCGUCAACCCUGGGAAAGUUAGCGAGGAUCGAAGUGCGAGACGAAACGCCCCGCCCACCUCCCCCCGCCCAAUCCCCCGAGAGUUUUCAAAGGAUCAAAUCAAAGUGCCUUAUCAACAGUGGUUUCUGUUUCUCCGAGUGUUCCUGUUGUGUUCAAUAAUAUCCAGCACCCACCGCGUCGGCGCAGAGAGGAAUGGCUAGUGUUACUUGCUCCGGAUAGUUGGAGCAGGGUAGCUCUCACCAUACUGUGGCGCUACCCACGUUAUUCUAUGCAAAAAAGAAUAGCAGUCGUUUAGACCAGCUAAAAUAUGUGCCAUGGUUUUGUCUUCCUGAAUAUUUCUUUUCUUUUAGUUCUUUACCUAACGGCCCUUUACUCUGCUGUAUGAGCAGACUCUUGAUUUAAAAUGACCAUUAUGAAAUAUUGUAUUGAUUUUCGUUCUUUCCUCCCCCCCCCCAAGACUGUGACUACUUUCCUCGCACGAAACAGAACUGCCAAUAGCGACGCGGUAGUCCGCCAUGUUUCGAUCAUGAGCUGAGAAAAGAAAAAGACAACGCCGUACGAGUGGUGAUUGUAGCUAAAGAUGACGUUUGUUUCAACAGCUGCAAACGGACAAAAGUCUGAUGUCGGUUUUAACCACAAAGCGAUGAAAUUCUCUUUCCAGUUCUUGAAACAAACCGACCGGUUAUCACUGGAAGGUAAACGAAAACUCGCCGACGUCUUGAGUGGAAGAAUUCGAUCUUAAUCUUCGCCUCGGCAGUUUGUUUUUCUAUUCAUGGCUCUUUCAUCAUGCUGUUACACCGAAAGGUCAAUGGUUCUUGAUUUUUUUUUUUUUCCUCUCUUUCUCCUUUUUUCAGUGUUAUUUUAUCAAAUUGAAAUGCAAUAUUAAAGUGGAGCAAGAGAUGGCUAUUCAGCAUUUGACAGUAUUAAGAAAAUCUCCCUCUGCAAUGUUACAACUUGCUGUGUCAUUGUGAAAGGCUGGAUAAGUCCAUCAGGUGAAAGGUUAACUCUAUACCUACCGUAUUCUCUCUGGCCUGCCUACUACAUGUAUGAUAAUGUAAUUAACAGCCAUUGUUACAGGUUUAUAAUGUAUUUUUCUAAUCUCAUUUUAUAUGUAUAUUAAUCAUGUUUCCGAGUGCUUUUUUUAAUGAAACCCACUGCUACUGCCCCCCCUCCUCCCCCCCAAACAGCCCUCUCUUCCCCCCCCUCCCCCCCUUCUCUUUUAGAUCUUGAAAACUGUCUCUUGUGGGGAGUGUUGCCUUUUUUUCCUGUUAUAUUUUGUUUUGUUUUUCUUGCCAAUUCCCAGCUUGUUUAACUCAUUAGCUACUUUAUUAGUUUCCUUGUCAUAAGUAUUUUUACAUGCUUGCGUUUAGUUUUCAUGGUGUAUGCUGUUAUUUUUCUUAUUAACCUCUUGGCAUUUAUUUUAAUAAAACAUUCUUAGUAAGAAUUUUA